AUGGCCAGAUACAUCACCAAAAAGAACAGGUGCUCCAGAGGACAUCGAAACCCAAACUCCAGAAAGAAGACAUGUUCCAGCACUGAAUGUGGCCGCAGAAAUUACUCACUCUAUGUAAACAGGGUCCUAAAGGAAGUGGUCCCCCAGAGUGGCAUAUCCUCUCGCACCCUGGACAUCAUGAACACCGUGAUCAACGACAUCUUUGAGCGCAUUUCCAUGGAAGCCAGCAACCUGAUGUAUUUCAGAAACCGUUGCACCCUCACCCCUGAAGAUGUCCAGAAGGCAGUGUAUUUGCUGUUGCCUCGGAAACUAGCUAAGCAUGCAGUGGCUUUUGGAAGUGAUGCUGUCCACAGAUAUGUCCACUCCUAA